AUGCUGGCAGCUUCCGUUGAUGCGGCCGGUUCGGCAGCAGAAGGCGCCGAUGUGGCCAUUGCAGCAAGUGCAUUGGCUGCGCCGGCUCUGGCUGCGAUGGCGACGGCCAUGCCGGAGGCGAGCGACGCAGUCGACAAAGCAGGCGGUGCUGUAGACACGGUUGCGGACAAGACGCAUCGGCUUGCGUUUACAGGGCGCGAUGCGCGGGCUACCGUCGAGAAUGGACUGCUGAUCGGGCUGGCGCUGCUGCCGGGCGCCGAGGCGAUGCUGGCGCAGGCGCUGGCUGCGUCCGUGCCGGCAAGAGCCGUCGUCGUCGCGGAAAAAGCGGCGGCGGUUGUUUGA